GUAUAAUCACGACAUCGCCUAGAUUGACCAUGUGGUGGAAGGCGUCGUUCCUGGCGUGGACGUGUUUGCUCGUACAAGCGCAAGGGGUGCUACUGGCUCCUGGGGAUGUUGGCUGCGAUCAAAACGGCACAGAGCUCGUGUGUCGCUACGAUGAUGUCAGCGAGGUAGUCAGUUUGGCAAGGCCUGUCGAUACGUCUAUCAAGAAAGUAACCAUCCACAACACAAAAAAACUGCAUAUAAGUGGUUCUUUGUGUGUCAACAUCUCGCUGUACAACGUUUCGGACGUUGUUGUGUUCAGAGACGGUGAGGCUGCAUGCAAUGAAGAUCUCGAACUCUUUGCCAGAGGCUCCUUCCUUCAGGAGAUACCAAGACAAGUGAAACGCCUUGACCUACAGGAUUCUACUAUAGUAUCUGUUACAACUACAAACAACGUUACCAGUCUACUUGUAAUCCAUUCAAUUGUUGGGAUUCUGAACAUCGAAGCGCCACUUGUAGAUGGUUCCUCAGUGGUGAUUCGACAUUCUUCUGUAUCAAAGCUCCAGAGACUCGAGCUACAGCAUGGUUCGAAGCUCUUUGUGCAAAAGACUAAUGUAUCCGAACUUUUUCCACGGGGUCUUGUAGUAAGUGGGGGAUCAGCGGUUGUGGAAAAUUCAGCAUUUAAAACUACAUCGAGGGAAAGUAUCGUCUUAAGCCUAGGGGGGGAAAUAAGUCUUAAUAAUAAUACUGGUAGUAUACAAGUGGUAAAUAUCGUGGAAGAUGCAUAUAGAGGACAUAUUUUAUGUGUAACUUGUGGAGAUAUCCCAUAUUACACUUACUUCGGUGAGUUUGUUGCUGUUUUGGUUCUGUUAGCCUUACUGAGUGCGAUUUUCUUGGCACUGACGUGUAGACUCUGUCAGAAAAGUAGAAAGUCGCGUGCUGUUGUCCAAGAAGUUAGCAUUGCUGAUGGCCUUGAGAAAAAUGAAACCAACCAGCCUUUGCUUGAAGACAACAGUUCGGAUUCGAAAGAGGAUAUCGAGACCCUUUUGAAAGAAACGGUAUCCAGUGUGAACCAAGAGACCUCCAGCCACGUGCAACUACUGACGGAACUCAAGUGUAAUUACGAAUCGGGUUUACAUGAAACACAAGAACAGAUAAAAGCAAAGGAACAGCAGCUCGACUCAGACAUGAAAUCAGAACUGAAGACGAUCGAACAGCAGUAUAGCAAAGAGCUCCGCGAACCAACCAUGUUCAACUGGGAAAAGAUCAAGGAGGUUCUCUUAAAAACGAACGAGGCAGAAGUUGAACACAUUGUUGAAAAGUACAAGGAACGUAAGUACGACAUUCAGAAUCACUGCGACGUGCAUAAACUUCACUAUAAUGUAGCUCUGCUUCGAGAAAACAAACAAUACUUGAUAAAGCUGAGUGAAGCGGGAAGAACCGCCCUGAUCCGUUGGAAUAAAAUCCGUAACUCAUCCAGCGAAAUCGGAGACGACGCCUCCGCUCAAAACCGUCUUUUCAACCUCUUGGAGAGCCUAUUAAUCAAUCUGAAAUGCGAUCUGGAGCAAAGUUACGAACGAGAAAUUUUAGAGAAAGAUAAGAAAUAUGGGGAAGAUACUCAGGCGCAGCAGGAGAAGCUCUCUCGAAAAAUAGAAAAGAUUGAGUCUGAGUUCGAAGAGGAGUGUCGAAAAAUAGACCAGUCGCGAGCGGAAGAGAUGGAAUACACGAGCCUGUGGAACACUCAGUAUGUCCGGGCUAAAAUUGAAAUACUGUACAAUGUGAAGCUUCAGACGGCCAAGGUCCUUCACAGCGUUGCCCAGAAAAAAGCCCAAGACAAGCACUCCGACGUCCGACUCAAACUCCGCCAUCUGGAGGUGCUGAUUCAACUCCAGAACCGACACAUAACCAACAUGGAGAAACUUCUGACGAUGAUCAUCGAUACCAUAACAAUCCACGCCCAGGUAGCAACGCGGAGGGUGUAUGGGCAGUCCUUUGAAGACGAAAUAAAGCUUCAAGAUUUCUCCCGAGAGGCAAGGAAGGAUGCAGAAGUGUUUCUAAGAUUUGUUUCAGAGACGAUCGAUGAGACAGAUAAUAGAGAGAAACAGGCUGCAUUCAAACUAGAGCCUGAUGUAAAAGUGUAUAAUUCUCCCUUGCCGCUGAAGGUAAACCAUAACAUUGACCAGUUGCAGAAAAGCCUGAGUUCAGUGAAUGGAUCAGAAAGUUCAAAAACUCAGAAUGAGAAAUCCAAGUCUCAUUGCCAGGUCGCGGUAUGUGCCACUGAAAAUGGGACUGAAGAUCAUAAGCAAGCAGGUAAAGAGGAAAAGCCGAACAUGCCAGAGGAGAGAAAUGACACAAGAUUUACCCCAUGUGAAGAUGAGGGAAUGAUACAGAACACAAGCUCUGCCCUCACUGGAAGCGAGAAAGAGAGUAACACAAAACUGCAGGAAAUUGACAACUGUUCUGACGUCCCUGCUGGAGAUGCUAGAGAAAAAACGCAUGUCACGUUAUAUAUAGAAGCGGAAUCAAACAAAACGGAGUGAUUUUACAGCAAUUUACAGAGAAGAGAUGGAGAGUGGUUACGUAAAGAGUACAAAAAAGUAUUAAAUGCUCUUGAAUAGAACAGCAAAAUGACUAUUUACAAAAGGCGAAAGGGAACAGAUGAAAUUCAUAUCGUAAGAAUAAAAAUAAGAAAACAGUAUUUACAUGAAAAUGUUUUACCUUAAUAUUAAAGAAAGAGAUAUU